UCGGCAUCGGAGGCAGCAGCAUCGGAGGCGUCGGCGUGGGCCGGGGCCCCCUUCGGAUGUGCUGCGGGGCCCUGGUGUGCCUCUCCCCGCCGGGGCCGGACCAGUUCCCCUCCUGCUCCCGCUGCUCCUGGGCUCCUGCUCCUCGCCCGGCCGCCACGAUGAUGUCCAUGAACAGCAAGCAGCCCCACUUCGCCAUGCACCCGAGCCUCCCGGAGCACAAGUACCCCUCGCUCCACUCCAGCUCCGAGGCCAUCCGCAGAGCUUGCCUCCCCACCCCCCAGAUGCAGGGCAACAUCUUCGCCAGCCUGGACGAGACGCUGCUGGCGCGGGCGGAGGCGCUGGCGGCGGUGGACAUCGCGGUCUCUCAGGGCAAGAGCCACCCGUUCAAGCCGGACGCCACCUACCACACCAUGAACAGCGUGCCCUGCAGCUCCACCUCCACCGUGCCCUUGGGCCACCACCACCACCACCACCAUCACCACCACCACCAGGCCCUGGAACCGGGGGACCUGCUGGACCACAUCACCUCCCCGUCGCUGGCUCUCAUGGCCGGCGGGGGGCACGACGGAGGCGGCGGCGGAGGAGGAGGCGGAGGAGGCGGCGGCGGCGGAGGGGGCGGCGGAGGCGGCGGGGGUGGUGGCGGCGGCGGGGGCCUGAUCUCCUCGCCCUCGCACCCGCACAUGCACGGCCUGGGCCACCUGGCGCACCCGGCGGCGGCCAUGAACAUGCCCUCGGGGCUGCCCCCUCCGCACCCGGGGCUGGUGGGCGCCCACCACGGAGGGCAGGCGGCGGCUGCGGCGGCUGCGGCGGCGGUGGGGGCGGUGGCGGCGGCGGGGCUGGCCUCCAUCUGCGACUCGGACACGGACCCGCGGGAGCUGGAGGCCUUCGCCGAGCGCUUCAAGCAGCGGCGGAUCAAGCUGGGGGUGACCCAGGCGGACGUGGGCUCGGCGCUGGCCAACCUGAAGAUCCCCGGCGUGGGCUCCUUGAGCCAGAGCACCAUCUGCCGCUUCGAGUCGCUGACCCUGUCGCACAACAACAUGAUCGCCCUGAAGCCCAUCCUGCAGGCCUGGCUGGAGGAGGCCGAGGGCGCCCAGCGCGAGAAGAUGAACAAGCCCGAGCUCUUCAACGGCGGCGAGAAGAAGCGCAAGCGGACUUCCAUCGCCGCCCCGGAGAAGCGCUCCCUCGAGGCCUACUUCGCCGUCCAGCCCCGGCCCUCCUCCGAGAAGAUCGCCGCCAUCGCCGAGAAACUGGACCUCAAAAAGAACGUGGUGCGGGUUUGGUUUUGCAACCAGAGACAGAAGCAGAAACGGAUGAAAUUCUCCGCCACUUACUGAAACAACACAAAACAGUACAGAGGAGAGAGACACAAAAAGGCAGGAGAAAGACAAUACAACAACA